AGAAAAGACAAAUGUGGCAAACAAAACCUGCAGGACCAUAGUUGGAAGAGGUUUCUGAAGAGGUGGGAGCUAUCUCUUAAUUAUGUAGACGGAAGAGGAGGUUACCUACCAUGUGAUGAAAAUUCCUACCAUUAGAGAGGUAACAUUUUAAGGUGGAGACCGGUGGCCUGUUUGGGGCAGUUCCCCUCUAGAGGGAGAAUUUGUCUCUGAAGUACCAGGAGACUGCAGGAGAUUUUCCUGUGCUUUUCCUACCCAGACACCAGCCCAGAACUCAGGUGACUUCAGGAGCGUUCACAUCCUGUUUGGAAACAAAGUCUGCAAAUUGUUUAAUAGGCCGAGCCUUGAUACCCGCAUCCCUCUCAGCUCUAUCACAGGUCUGCUUUGCUGUUUUCUCUUGGCUGUGACAGUCCGCCUGAUGGUCAUUAUAACAGCAGUUCACCAUUAGUACAAACAAGAGUACCAUACAUAAAUUCUGUGCGCGGUUUACCAACAUCAUCAAAAAGUUAUAUUGUUCCACUGUUCUCAUUCUUUACUUGAUCACCAUCAUAAUCAUAUCAACAUCCUAAUUUCUGGCCUAAACCAACCACAGAACCAUUGUUAGCCCCUUAUACUAUCCAUUGUCACCAAGAGUCCAUUUGCUAGAGCUUUUAGUGAUUUUAUCUAUUUAGAAGAGUACUGCAGCAUGGAUUCUGUGUCAAUUCAUGUACUCAUUGAUGGACUUGUUGCUUGUGUAGCCCAGUUAAUAAGAAUAGCUGAUGAGCUUUUACAAUUCAUUCUACAAGUACAAGAAGUUCCUUAUGUAGAAGAAAACGGUAGAGCAGAAGAGACUGAAGCAGAUGCACCUCUUCCCGAGGAGCCUUCGCUACCGGAUCUCCCUGAUCUCUCAGACUUAGACUCAAUACUUACACCAAGAGAGGAUGAAGACCUAAUGUUUGAUAUAGAUCAGGCUAUGUUAGACAUGGAUAACUUAUAUGAAGAUACAGUCUCUGGUAUAAAUGAUGACUUAACAGGUGACUAAGACCCAAUUUCUGCCCCCGCCCCCAGGGAUGUGAAAACUGAUCAUUUCUCUGUUUUAAUAUAUUCUUAUUUUCUGUAUAUUAGCAAUAUGUGUUUUCUCAUAGUUCUGCACAUUUUCAUUACUAAUAACCCAUAUAACAAGUGAGAUUUGAUUUACUUCUAUCAAAAGCUGGUCUUUUUUCAUCUUUGUUGUUAUUCAGAAAGUUCUGGCUUUUGCCAUGUAGGUCUCCCUUUACCUGUACUUACUCUCAUGCUAGAAUUUCUGAUGACGGGAGCAAACAAUAGUAAAGAAAAGAAAUUCCUUGCCUAAUUAUGGAGUGGAGAACUGAUGAACUCUAUCACAUCUUGGGACUAAUUUCACUGCUCUCCAAUGAAUGCAAAUGAAAAGGGGAAUAUCCCCCAGGGUAGCAUUACAGUAAAUGAAUACAUUCACAUUAACAAGACAGUGUUGCGAUACUUUUAUUUGAAAGGAUAUAACUCCUUACUUAUCCUUUAAGAAAGCAUGUGUCCGACAAAAAAUGCUAUAGCAGACUAAGGGAGGUAAUUUUAAAAGAGUACUAUCUACCAGAUAAUAAAAGUGCAGAAAGGUUUUCAAAUGACUGUUGCCAAGGACAAAACUGAAAAAGCUGGGACCAAGAGUUCCAGUGCAGGACUGUUCUUGCAAAUUCUGACCACAUUGUAGCUACUUUGCACUAUUAUUCCCCAAAUGGAAAAGGCACACUAUACCAAAUAAUCAAAGAGAGAAGUAAUAGAAGGGCUAAGCAAAGCCCUACAAGGACUAUUCACCAAUGGAAAGACAAACACUCACCAUAUUGGACUAAAUAUCUAUGGACUAGAUAUAGUCCUUAGGCAUCAAAGCAGGAAGAUGCUACAACCCCAUAAUAUGUGGAGCUGGCUGGACCCUUGUUUUCCUGGGUCACCUGAACAGAUUGUACUGUAAUGGUACCUCAGGAACUAGAUAAGAUAUAUUCCAGUGUUUGCUUUGAUUCUGUAAUUUUAUGUGCUUAAGGAUUGUUAAGAUAUAACCCCCGCUCCAAGGAAUGGAUUGUUGUAUUAAGUAUGUUUGCUCUAUGGAGCAGAAUUAGAGUUAAUAGUGAAAAGAAAUAUUUAGGAAAUAAGAAAAUACUUAGGAACAAGAACUAGUGGGGACGGUGUUUUCAGGAGAGAGAAGCAAAUUAAUAAAUUGUCAACAGUUAUGUGACGGUUUAUGAUGGAAAGCCAUGAUAUGGAGUUAGUUUCUAAACAGGUUUAUGAACAAAGCCCUGUUUUUGUCUUCUGCAAAUUAGCCAACCCUAAGAUGUUGCUAUAAACAGCUGGUAGGCGAUUGACAUAAGUCAUGUAUCUGAAAGCUCAAUUAGAUGGAUAAUUAUUAACUAGUUUAGUCCACUGAUUGGAUAUCGCUGAUUGAAAUCCUGCAUCUCCUCCAGGAGAAUGGAGUGAGUGGCUGAUCCUUUAUGCAAAUUAGCCCUUUUCUGUAUCUUCUUAAGACCAGUGUUAAAGCCAAUUAUUAUAUAGCAUGGCAGAAAAGAGAGGGGCUCAUCAUUCUGAGACAAGCUUAAAGGUGUGAAAAUCAAGGAAGAUAGGCUGGUAGAUGGCAUUAGAUUAGGUAGUACAAGUUUUCAUCCCUAUUUGUUUGUGCUAAAAUAUGUGGGGAGUUGUGCCUAUAUAAAUUCUUAUGUGUGAUGAUUACUGCUAGUUAUUAUCUUAUGAUUGUUUACAAUCUGUAUUAGCUAUUGAUCUAAACCAUUUUAUUGUUUUCUUUCAAGAGAUUUUAACUAAUAAACUUUCAUUCACAAAUCAAAAAAA